ACGCUCUCGUCUCUCCGGCUCGCCAUUGACUUACACGCACGAAAACCUCUCGAGACCUAAGAGGCCCCCCUCCUCCGCCCCGACCCGCGACGACGGAGAUGGCGAAUCCGAUCCCGCGCUCGGCGGUCUUCGCCGCCGUCCUGGCGCUCCUCCUGCUGGCGCCGCCGUCCCUCGCCGCCACCGACGUCCCGUUCAUCGUCGCCCACAAGAAGGCCUCCCUCAAGCGGCUCAAGUCCGGCGCCGAGCGCGUCCUCGUCUCCAUCGACAUCUACAAUCAGGGAUCCUCGAUUGCGUAUGAUGUAAGUCUUUCUGAUGAUAGCUGGUCUCAAGAAGUUUUUGAUGUUGUCAGUGGCAACACAUCUCAGUCAUGGGAAAGACUUGAUUCUGGUGGUCUUCUAUCUCAUUCUUUUGAGUUGGAGGCGAAAGAGAAAGGGAUGUUUUUCGGUGCACCAGCAGUCAUUAAGUUCCGUAUCCCAACGAAGGCUCCUCUACAGGUCCGAAACCACAAUAGUGCUGAUGCUGCCCUUCUCCCCCUCUCUCUCUCUCUCUCUGCCCAGAUGCGUUUUCCUCCAUCUAAUAGAAAAUCCUUGCUUGUUUUUAGCUGGCCUACUCUACUCCUAUACUGCCUCUCGAUAUCCUUGCAGAGAGACCUCCCGAGAAGAAAUUUGAGUGGGCUAAGAGACUGCUGGCCAAAUAUGGAUCUCUGAUUUCUGUGAUCAGUAUUGUAGUUCUGUUUGUGUACUUGAUCGCUACCCCAUCAAAAUCUGGUGCUGCCAAGGGUAGCAAGAAGAGGCGGUGAAGCUGAAAGUUUUGCUCCCGAGAUAGCCUGAGGCAAGGCCAGAUCUUCAGCUCACAGGAAUGUUUGUCUGUGUUUACCUUUUUAGAAAGAAGAGCUCUACUAUUGAGAUAGUUUUAGUAAGUGAUAGUUGAACCAAUUUAUCCUUCGAGAGGCACGAACCACUGCUAAUUUUGUGUUUAUUUAGUUUACACCUUUACGGUUCUAAUGGAUUAUCAAUUUUGGAUUGAGCGUUUAUGUGCUGCGUCCAUGUGCUGCUGUAUCUCAUUUCUGCGUAAGUAGGCUUGGACAUUUGAUUAUUCUGUCA